AUGUCUAACAAACAGGUUCUAUACACGCACACCAUCAGUCCGGCCGGCCGUGCAGCCGAGCUCACCAUCAAGGUAUUGAACCUUGACGUUGAGAUUAGAGAAAUGAACGUCUUCAAAGGGCAACAUAUGAACGAUGAGUUCAAGAAACUGAAUCCGGUACAAACGAUCCCAACGCUGGAUGAUAAUGGGUUUUCGCUGUUUGAUAGUCACGCGAUCUUGAUUUAUCUGGCGCGCCGGUAUGGCGCUGGUUCGAACCUGUACACGGACGAGUAUGAGCAGCAGGCCCGUAUCAACGCUGCCCUCUUCUUCGAAAGCUCGAUACUCUUCGCCCGGUUGCGUUUCUGUACGGAUAAUCUGGUCGUGCUGGGAAAGAGUGAAAUACCGGAGGAAAACUUGCAGCGAGCGAUGGAGGGUUUGCGGCGGUUUGAGAGUCUGCUUCAGGCGGAUUACGUUGCCGGUGAUCAUUUGACGAUCGCCGAUUUGAGCUGCGUCACCAGUGUGACCACGUUGCAUCUAAUGCUAAAGCCAGCACCGACUGAUUUUCCAAAAACCUUUGCUUGGAUCGAGCGAUUGGCCAAGUUGCCGUACUACGAGGAGGUGAUGGGUCGUGGACUGAAAGCUGCGGGUGAGCUGAUGCAGAUGCUUGGUGCAAAAAACAGUGCGAAGUAA